CUCAGACAAAGCAGCACGAGCGGUGACUGCAGGCCGAAACGCUGAGAGCAAAUACAACACAGGCCGCUCUUAGCAAGCAGACCCCCAGGAGUAAAAACACCCACGAACCUCCACCCACAGCCCGGACCGGGCCAUGGCGGCGGAACCGUGCUCGCAAAUUGAAGCCGAGUUGUAUUACUUGAUUGCCAGAUUUCUGCAGUCUGGACCAUGUCAGAAAUCAGCUCAGAUGCUGCUGCAGGAGCUGCACGAAUAUGAGAUCAUCCCGAAGCGCUGGAGUUGGGAUGGAAAGCAGUAUAAGCGAAGCUUUGAAGACUGGGUGUUGUUGAAUCAGCACAUACCUGCAAAUUACCUGUUGCAUGUGUGUGAGCAGAUUGGUCCACUUGUAGAUAAACAAAUUCCUCCCAGUGUUCCUGGAGUGCGCAGUUUACUGGGCACUGGACGACAGUCAUUACUGCGGGCGGCAAAAAGUACUUCACAUACAAUAUGGAGUUGUUCUACUGUAGCUGCCCUGCACAGGGGACGACCCCCAGAACCAUCUAUCAGUUGUGUCAAACCCCCAAAUUUUGUGUCAACCAUGGGUGCUCGACAAACAACAGGAGUGGCUCGAUUUGGCCACGCCUUACCAUCAUGCACAUAUCAGCACAUGAAAAUGCAUCGGAGGAUUCUGGGUCAUCUCUCAUCCGUGUACUGCGUGGCGUUUGACCGCACCGGGCAACGCAUUUUUACGGGUUCUGAUGACUGCCUGGUGAAGAUCUGGUCAACAGACGAUGGACGUCUCUUGGCGACUCUACGCGGUCACGCCGCAGAGAUUUCAGACAUGACCGUGAACUUUGAGAACACGCUCCUCGCCUCUGCAAGCUGUGACAAGAUUGUCCGUGUCUGGUGCCUCCGUACCUGUGCACCUGUUGCUGUAUUACAAGGGCACACUGCCUCCAUCACUUCUAUACAGUUUUCUCCAUCAGCAUUUGCUUCCUCUCGCUAUCUGGCCACAACUGGAGCUGACGGCAUGGUGUGUUUUUGGCAGUGGAACGCUAUCAGCAUGAAGUUUGUUGAUAAGCCUGUGAAGUUCAUUGAACGUUCUCGCCCUGGAGUUCAAAUAUCUUGCUGUUCGUUCAGUUCUGGGGGGAUGUUUUUGGCCACUGGAGGAACAGAUCACAUGAUCAGAGUUUACUACCUCGGCAGAGAGACACCUGUGAAGCUUUCAGACCUAGACUCGCACACGGAUAAAGUAGUAGCUAUUCAGUUCUGCAAUAACACUGAUGGUCUCAGGUUUGUGAGUGGUAGUCGGGAUGGUACGGCUCGAAUUUGGCAAUACCAUCAACAGGAAUGGAAGAGCAUCGUGCUGGACAUGAACGCAAGAUUACCAGGAAGUGCUGUGAUAUCAGGUGAUGAUAAAUCAACCAAGUUGGUUGUGACCAUGGUCGCAUGGGAUCGCUGCGACCGUUCUGUCAUCACAGCCGUUUCGAACUGCCUCCUCAAAGUCUGGAACACAACAAACGGCCAAUUACUACAUGUGCUGUCGGGCCACGACGAUGAGGUCUUUGUUUUGGAAGCCCACCCCUUUGACUCUCGUAUCUUAUUAUCGGCUGGCCAUGAUGGUAACAUUUAUAUUUGGGACCUCAGCAAAGGCCAUAAGAUCAGAAAUUUCUUCAACAUGAUUGAGGGUCAGGGUCAUGGUGCUGUGUUCGACUGUAAAUUUUCAGUUGAUGGGCAGCACUUUGCUUGCACAGACUCUCAUGGUCAUCUGCUCAUCUUUGGGUUCGGGUGCAGCCAACCUUAUGAAAAGAUUCCAGACCAAAUGUUCUUCCAUACGGAUUUCCGGCCGUUGAUUCGGGAUUCCAAUAAUUAUGUACUAGAUGAGCAGACACAACAGGCCCCCCAUCUCAUGCCCCCACCUUUCCUGGUGGAUGUGGAUGGAAACCCACACCCGCCUCGGUACCAGCGUCUGGUGCCAGGAAGAGAAAACUGCAAAGACGAGCAGCUUGUACCACAACUCGGCUACAUGGCUAAUGGUGACGGCGAAGUGGUCGAGCAGGUGAUUGGCCAGCAGACCGCAGAGGAUUCUCAGGAAGAAAGCCCAUUGGAUGAUCUGAUCAGACAACUCCAGCACCAGCAAGAUGAGCGACUUAACUCAGGAAGUUCAGAAGGUGCUGAGGGGGCAGGUGGUCCUCUGUCACCGCCUAAUGUUGGACUGCGACGUAGCGGACAGGUUGAAGGCGUUAGGCAGAUGCACAAUAAUGCUCCCCGCAGUCAGAUCGCCACUGAGCGAGACCUGCUGGCAUGGAGUCGCCGCGUGGUGGUUAAUGAAGUCCCGAUGGGCAUUUUCAGAGUGAUGGAGGACUGCAGGCUAGCCAAAGGAGAGGUGGAACGGUCUUUCUACAUUACUGAUAAGAAACGAAAACCUCCAUUUACAAAAUCUAGUGAGCCGGUAGUUGCGAAUGUUCGCACGUUACGGAGACCUCAACGGAAGGCUCAGCAGCGGAGACACGGGUAUCAGACUCGCUCCACGCGAGACAGGAGACGCAGCACAAGCACGCUUGCAUUCCAGCGCGGCGAGGACAACGCAAGAGAGUCCGACAGUGACGCUGAGCAGGAGGAGGAGGAAGAAGAGGAAGAGCAGAACGAGAACAGUGAUGUGUCAUCUGAUGGCGAAGCACAGUGGGAGAAGGACAGCAGUUCAAGUGACUCUUCUAGUGAGUAUUCUGAUUGGACGGCAGAUGCGGGAAUCAACCUCCAGCCACCCAAGCGGACAACCAGACGGCAGGCUCGCCUUGCCAAGAGCAGUAGCUCUGAGGAUGAGGAAGGUACAGGGCAGGGAGAAGGAGAUGAGGGAACAAGCAAAUCCGCAGAUAAAGUGAAGAAACCUAAGCAGACCAAACAACGGCCCGUACCUGCUGGAGAAUUAGAGGAAUUGUUGCCUCCCGCUUGGAUCAUGGAGACAGUUCCAAGGCGUUCACCUUUCGUACCUCAAAUGGGAGAUGAGUUAAUAUAUUUCCGUCAGGGACAUCAAGCAUAUGUCCGAGCCGUCCGCCGUGCCAAAGCCUACAGCAUCAAUCCUCAGAAACAGCCCUGGAACCGCCUGGACAUCAGGGAUCAGGAGUCUGUGAAGGUCGUGGGUAUUAAAUAUGAGGUCGGGCCCCCUACUCUGUGCUGCCUCAAACUGGCCUUCCUGGACCCCACCUCAGGGAAAAUGACUAAUGAAUCCUUUAGCUUGAAGUAUCAUGACAUGCCUGAUGUCAUUGACUUUUUGGUGCUACAACAGUUUUAUAAUGAAGCCAAAGAACGCAACUGGCAACCAGGUCAGCGUUUCAGGAGCAUCAUUGAUGAUGCCUGGUGGUUUGGUUCAGUUGAGGAUCAGCAGCCGUUGCAGCCUGAAUAUCCUGACAGCCUCUUUCAGUGCUACGCUGUUAGGUGGGACAACGCAGAGAGAGAAAAGAUGAGUCCGUGGGAUAUGGAGCCCAUACCUGAAGAAGCUCCAGCUCCAGAGGAGACUGGAGACAGUGUCCCGGUCACAGAGGAUGAGCUUCAGUCGCUUCUGUAUGCCCCACAGGAGGGUGAAUGGGGACUGCACACAAGAGAUGACGAGUGUGAGAGAGUCAUUACCGCCAUAGAUCAGCUGCUAACACUCGACGUGGCAAAGCCCUUCUCCUGUCCUGUCAAUUUAAGGCAAUAUCCAUUAUACUGCACUGUUGUGGCCUAUCCCACCGACCUCAGCACCAUCAGAACAAGAUUAGUGCACCGUUUUUACAGGCGAAUCUCGGCUCUCAUGUGGGAGGUGCGUUACAUCGAGCACAAUGCUCGAACAUUUAACGAACCCCAGAGUCCCAUCGUCACAGCUGCCAAAACGGUCACUGACAUCCUGUUGCAUUUCAUCAGGGAUCAAAGCUCCACUGAUAUCUUGGACCUGUAUGAUAAGAUGAAGACAGAAUUGAGCAGCGCUGGAGAGGAAGAGGAGACAGUGGAUGUGGACUCAGACACUCCCUGCACUUCCACUGGUCAAAGGAGGUCCAAUUCUGUGCCUCAAAAACGGGGCGUGGUUUUGGAUAUAAAUGCGUGGCAUGGCCAGUGCAAGGACCUUUUGAGGAGAAUGAUGGCAAGCCCGGACUCACAGCCGUUUCGCCAGCCUGUCGACCUCUUUUCAUACCCGGUAACUCAUCCCUGUCUUCCUGCUCUAUCCACUGCUGUCUUUUGCAUGUUUGUUUCUGCCCUGUCACAUAACUUAAAUCUGAUUUUGCAGGAUUAUCGUGACAUCAUAGAUACUCCUAUGGAUUUGGGCACUGUUUCUGAGACUUUGAUGGGUGGAAACUACGAGAAUCCUGUGGAGUUUGCCAAAGAUGUGCGGCUUAUCUUCAGCAAUUCCAAGGCUUACACGCCCAAUAAAAAGUCUCGAAUAUACAGUAUGACCCUGAGCCUGUCAGCGUUCUUUGAGCAUCAGAUCAUUAAUAUCAUCUCAGAUUAUAAAUCUGCUGUGCAGAAUCAGCGCAGGAGUCAACAAAGACUCAGUUACAGCAAGAGAUUACAGUCACUUCCCAACAGCCCCAAAGGUAAACCAAAAUCAGCAAAGAAAUCUUCCCAGACACCUGCCAAGGUCUCCUCACGGAAAACCUCACGAGAUCUGAGUGCUGCAGUUGAUGAGGACAGUCAGCCAUCCUCUUCAUCCUCCGUCUCCUCCUCUACCUCAUCCUCUUCAUCAGGCCAUCCCGGGGCCAACAGAGUUACACGCAGCCGAGCUACGCCAAGGAAACGUUCAGAUGCCAAAAGCCUUCUGCCAAACGGAGGUCGAAGUUCUCGUAGACGCCUAGCUUUAACAGAAGAUGGAGAAAUCUCUGAAUCCGAAAGGUCUGGUACAUCAAGCACAUCGUCGUCAUCAACGUCGUCUUCCUCCACGUCAUCGUCUUCGUCAGAGAGUGACGACAGCGAGGAUGAGGUGGCCGGCUUUGCCGACGGCGGCGAUCACGACUACAGCAAAGCCCCCCAAACCAAACAAAAGGGCAAAGAGCCGGCUGCCACCAUCCCUGAGACGAAGCGCAAGAGAACAGAGGAAGAGGAAACAACAGAACCUGUGAAACGUGCACGGAAAACGGAGGAAGAAGAGGAGCCUGAGGAAGAGGAAGAGCCUGAAGAGGAAGAAGAGGAGGAGGAAGAAGAAGAGUCUGAGGAAUCUGAGGAAGAGUCUGAAGAAGAGGUCAUUUCACCUACAAAUACUGGAAGUCAGAGGUCGAAUCAAAGGACUGCAAAGCCAGGGCGGGUCAAUACUCGUAACCAAGGACGACGGACAGUUUUGUACAAUGAUGACUCUGAAGAGGAGGGGCCAACGUCAGACCCGCUGAACCUGGGAAUGUCACGCUCUGGAAGAGUCCGUCGGAUGACUGAAAGAGCAAGAGUUAGCCAUCUCAUGGGCUGGUCACACUAACUAAAACCUUGAUCGUAACAUUGACUCACUACAGCGAUACUGCAGGGAUUUCGUUUUUAGUACUUUUUUGUGACUUUUUGUUCGUUUUGUGCUUUUGUCUCAGACUCGAUGCUUGUGACUCUUCCUGGACUGUGGUGCUCUCUCAUAUUUGUGGUUUCCAUGGAAACCACCAUGCCAUCACGUAAUCAGUCACCUCUGCCUUACUCUGGUCCAGGGCAGUACAGAGUCCGCUCUCCAUACCAUUCCCAGUUUAUCUCUCUAUCAUCCUCAGUUCCUUCUCGUGUAUGACAGAUGCAUGUCGGUUUCAAGUUGUCUAACUAACUCUGAGGAAUUUCUGUCUGUUCAUUUUGUGAUGAUCAGAAAGAUGGUGCUGCUCUCCUCUUCUUCUAUCAUUCUAGCAUUCUUUUCAUACUGUUGGGGAACUCCGUGUUUAUUUUCCGUAUUUGCCAUGAAGGGGGUCGUAAAAACCGCAUGUUUACCAUAUAAUUCAGAUGACUUGACUCUAAUAUGAAAUCAGGUUAUAAUUUUACCUCUGUUUAAUAAUAGAAUCCAUUUUUGUCAUAGUUGAAGCAUUGGUGUUGUUUUUGGAUUUUGGUGCAGGUGUUUGUUUUGAUCAAAACCUCUGAGAUGCAUUAAUUUCUUCCAGAUGUGCUUACUAUGCCUCAUCCAUUAGAGCACAGAUAUAUGGGGGAUUAUGGGAAAUGUGAGAGAAAAUGCACUGCUCGCUUCUCUUGUUCAAAAAAACAAACACACUUCGAACCGUUUUUACAGAAAAUAUUUAUAUUUUUCCACUGUUGUAUAGUUAACUUCGAUUCAUUUUUAUCUUACACUAAGGAGAACAAUAGUAACGAUAAUGUUUGCACAUUUAUGUCAAGUAUGUGGCAGCUGAUUGGGGGAUACAAGGUAAAGGUAUCUGAAUCUUGGACUGUGAUUGAUUCAGAUAUAAAUUAAAGCUGGUUGCCUCAAACUAUCUGAACAGCAAAA